UUAUAAGAAAACUUAAAUAAUAUAUGUAAGAUUUUAAAAAAGUAAUUUAAUUAAGUUGAGUAAAAACCGUGAGCCGAAAAACUUUUAUGACUUUUAUGUCAACAAUAUAAUUACACAAUAAUAGCGAGUAAAUUUGUCGACGUCGUCAAUUUUUUAAGCAUUUUAUCUGUUUACUUAUUUACUUAUUAAUCGUCUAUCAAUUGUUGCUGUGGAAAAAAAUACAAGUGACGUGUACGGAAAUCAAAGUCCUUUAAUUUGCGGUGUGAUGAAUUUUCACCGUAAGACAAAAAAAAAUUACUGAUUAAGUAUUUAAUAUACAGGAUAUUAAAGCAAAGCAAAGUAAUGGAAUAUCCAACAAUAUCAAGAGUUAGGAUAAGAUUUGUGUAUUUAUUCCUCAUUGGAUUAAUUUUAACUCAUAAUUGUGUGCUUGGUCAUGACGGGACAAUAGAAAAAAGAAAUACAGAAGAUAAUUUGUCGCAAAUGAAAUGGUUUUUUGAUGACAAAAAUUUAACUAGCUCAAAUAGAGUAAGAAGAUCACCUCCGGGUAUCGUGCCACUAGAACCUCAUAAUUUUAUUGAAGAUCCCAAGUGCCGGGAUGACGUUAAACGCUUAUGCGGUGCUAUGGACAAUUCUAAUGAUGAUUUGUUCAUGUUGGAAUGUGUGCAAACAUUUAAGCCAAAUGAAGUAGCAGCUAUUAAUGAAGAUUGUCAGCAUGUUCUUUGGACGCACAUUGUAAAUUUAACGAAAAAUGAAAACAUACAGAGAUUAACUAGAAAAGCAUGUGGCGAAAGCAUUGAUGAACUCCAGUGCCCAGCGGAUAAGGAACCGGGAAGUUAUCUCACAUGCUUGAUAGAAAAACGAGAAAACGUUAAAGACCAGCAGUGUUCUGAGUAUAUACAAAGAUUAGAAUGGAUUGCGUUCAGUGAUUUUCGUGUAAUAACACCGAUGGUUAAUGACUGCCAGCGAGACAUCGUUAAAUUCAAAUGUGGGAGGAUCCAGCCUUAUCGAGAAAUAUCCCAGGGCCAGAUACUGGCGUGUCUGCAGACCCAUAUCGAUGAGCUCAACUCCAAAUGUAAAAAACGGAUACUCAAAGUAUCUGAAAUACAGGCGGACAAUGUUAAAUUAGACCGUCAACUGUACAUGGCGUGUAGACAAGAUCAUGUGAGAUUUUGCUCAAACAUACGUCCAGGCAGUGGACAAGUUUACAAAUGCUUAAUGCAGUACAAGUUUGAUCGAGCUAUGACCAAACAGUGUCAUGAUCAAUUGACCAGACGGGAAAGAUUGAUUUCAUCUGAUUACAAAGUCAGCAAGGGUCUUGCUAAAGCUUGCAAAGAGGAUAUUAAAAAUAAUCACUGUCGUAAAUACGUGUCGGAUGAUAAAGAAAUACGGCUAGCACAAAUAUUACUUUGCUUAGAAUCGGCGUUCAAAAAUGGUAGCAAAAUUGACUCGGAUUGCCAGCGAGAAAUGUUUGAUCAUCGGAAAAUGUUGAUGGAGGAUUACAGUUUGUCCCCGGAGAUAGUCGACGGCUGCGCUAAGGAUAUCUCUGAGCAUUGCAAUGGUCUCAAAGACGGCGGUGUUACCAUUCACUGUUUAAUGAAGCAUAUCAAAACACGUAAGAAGAGCGCCCAGGUAUCACCAGAAUGUCAGCGUGCUGUUGAAUCUCUGAUAAAAGAAACAGAUGCCGGUGAAGAUUGGCGAGUGGAUCCGGUUUUGCGUGAAGCUUGUCAACCGGUUGUUGAUUCCUCUUGUCGCGACGUCACUGGUGGCAACGCUCGGGUUAUUUAUUGUCUUAUGGAUAAACUUGGUACUGACAGAAUGCUCGCUGACUGCGAAUCAGCUCUCAUACAAAUACAAUACUUUGUCGCCAGAGAUUACAAAUUAGAUCCUCAGCUGUACAAAGCGUGCAAACCAGACGCCGUACAGUUAUGUAAUGCCAAGACAGCUUGGACUGAUGACGGAAACCAAAUGGAUCCUGAGAGAGGUCCUCUAAUACUUCCCUGUCUUUACAGAUAUGCUCAUAAUUAUAAUUAUAAUAUUAAUACUAAUAGUGUACAAAAUAAAAAUGAUUUAAGCUUGAGAUUUGAAUGCUUGGAAGAAAUCAGACGUGUUAUGAGACAGCGAGCUAUCAGUGUUGAUUUACAGCCAGAAAUAGAGCAAGGUUGCUUUAAUGAACUGGCGACUUAUUGUAACGACAAAACAGGACGUGGUGAAGAAGUUUUGUGUCUUCAAGACAACUUCGAGCGGUUGAGUGAUAAAUGUAAAUCAGUAAUUGGGAAUUUAACGCAAGAUCAAGCAGAACGAGUCGAAUUAAAUCCCGUUAUAAUGUCAUCGUGUCAACGAGUUAUGGAAAAGUAUUGCGAAGAUGUAUUCAAGUAUGGAAAGGACGAGGGUGAUAUGAUGGAAUGCUUGGUUGAUCAUAAAAAUGAUUUAGAUCAUUUUGAGUACAAAUGCAAGGCAGCUAUUGAACAUUUUCAAUUGAUAUCUCUCCAAAAUUAUCACUUUACUUAUAAAUUUAUGAAAGCAUGUAAACCACAUGUUGAUCGUUGGUGCCAAAAAGCAACUACUAAAUCAAAAGUUAUUGAGUGUUUGAGCACUAUUGUGCAUGAAGAUAUUGUAAAGGAGAGUCAGCAUAGAAUUUUGAAGGAUUGUAGACAACAGCUGAGAGCACAGCUAUAUCAACAGAGAGAAAAUAUACGUCUGGAUGUUACUCUACAGAAAGCAUGUGCUGUUGAUAUUCUACAGUUGUGUAAUCAAGUUGAGCCUGGCAAUGCUCAGGUUUUGGAAUGCUUGGCGUCGAAAAAAAAUAAAUUAUCUGAAUUGUGUCACAAGCAACUUUUUAAAGUGAGACAACAAGAUUUUCAGGACAGCUCGAGUGACUUUUUGCUGCUCAACACAUGUCGAUCAAUGAUGAAACAAUACUGUCUCGAGGAUAAUGAUAAAUCUAAAGCACUUGAGUGUCUUAAGAGGUGGAAAGACGAACCGGCUUUUGAUGAAAAAUGCAAGAAUGUCAUACUGAAACGUAUGAUCGAGCAGAAUACUGAUUAUAGAUUUAAUGUUGCUUUGCAGUCCUCUUGUUCACGUGACAUUGUCAGUCAUUGUCAGGAAGUGUUGAACAAUCAACCCACAGAUAAAGAACUUGAAGGAAAAGUUAUCAAUUGCUUGAGAAUUAAAUUUAGAGAAGGAAAACUUAAUAAUAAGUGUAUGAAACAGAUGACUGUGAUUCUGAGACAAGCUGCGAUUAACUAUCAUCUUAAUCCUUUGCUCGCUACUCUCUGUGCUCAAGAGAUUGAAACAAUUUGUCAUGCUGACGAUGAUGAUCCAGGAAAAGUUGAAGAGUGCUUAAAGCUCGAAUUUAAUAACAAUAAUCCAGAAAUGAGGGAAGAAUGCCGCGUAGAAGUUGCGAAUCUUAUUGAAGAAGCUAAAGCAGAUAUUCAUAUUGAUCCUCUAUUGCAAAAAGCCUGUAGUAUUGAUAUAGUUAAAUACUGCAGUGAUAUUCCUCAAGGAAAUGGCAGACAUAUCGGAUGUUUACAAACAGUAAUGACUGAUACCAAAAAAUCCCUACAGCCUGAUUGCUAUAAGAUGUUAUCAACUAGAAUAGAAAUGUUUAAGAAUGCCGCCAAAUUACAUCUGCCAAAUUCGAUUCAGGAACUUUACUUAACGGUCAAUCAAUCGCCGUCUAGAAAAUAUUUUAUAAUUAUAUCUUUAACAAUGAUCGGAUUUAUUUUUAUUGUUGGUUUAUUCUGCGGUCGCGUUACACAUCGAACGAUGAGGAUGAUGAAAAAUAAGUGAAAUUUAUCACUUGCUCAUUGUGAUUUAUUAAAAUUUUUUAAAAUCAUU